GCAGCCUCAGCAGCAGCAGCUUGGCGUGCCACGCCCCUCCUCGCCCGCGUCCUCCCCUUCCCUCCCUCCCUCCCGCUCGCCGUCCCUCCCUCCCUCCCUCCCCGCUCCGGGUCAGAGGGGCCGGAGCUUCUGGAGAAGAUGGCGAAGACGUACGAUUAUCUCUUCAAGCUGCUGCUCAUCGGCGACUCCGGGGUGGGCAAGACCUGCCUCCUGUUCCGCUUCUCGGAGGACGCUUUCAACACCACCUUCAUCUCCACCAUCGGAAUUGAUUUUAAAAUCAGAACAAUAGAACUGGAUGGAAAGAAAAUAAAACUUCAGAUAUGGGACACAGCGGGUCAGGAAAGAUUUCGGACCAUCACCACAGCAUACUAUAGAGGAGCCAUGGGAAUUAUGCUGGUCUAUGACAUCACAAAUGAAAAAUCAUUUGACAAUAUUAAAAACUGGAUCAGAAACAUUGAAGAGCAUGCCUCUUCGGAUGUUGAAAGAAUGAUCCUGGGUAACAAAUGUGAUAUGAAUGACAAAAGACAAGUGUCCAAAGAAAGAGGAGAGAAGUUAGCAAUUGACUAUGGGAUUAAAUUCUUGGAGACAAGUGCAAAAUCCAGUACAAAUGUAGAAGAGGCUUUUUUUACACUUGCACGAGAUAUUAUGACAAAACUCAACAGAAAAAUGAAUGACAGCAAUUCAACAGGGGCAGGUGGGCCAGUGAAAAUAACAGAAAACCGAUCAAAGAAGACCAGUUUCUUUCGUUGUUCGCUACUUUGAUAAACUCUUUCUGAGAGACUGCAGCACACCUAGAGACCCUUUCCUGCUUCUCUGAAAGCACAGGUCACCCAGCCUCAGAAUUCCACCACCCGGCUGCUGCUGAGAGCACCACUGAACCUUGAUCUCUGGACACAGAUGCCAAGCAGAUUAAAGC